GUUGAGGUUGCUGCAAUGGUCAGAUUACAACUGUCGAGGCUCACACACUCAAAGGCAAAACAGUCACUGUUCAGCCGCUGGAGAACACGGGCAGAGAUAAGCAGCAAAGAGACGAGUCAGCGACCGCGGGGGUAGGAGGAACUUCAGUCGGGUCCGGGAGUGGGAGUGUCGCUGAUACUCGGAGCUGCGAUGGAGACGCCGGGCCCCGCCGUUCCCCUCUUGCUGCUGGCGCUGCUUCUCCCCGGAAUCUCGGCCGGCCGCUGUAACAUGACCGGGACCUGGUGGAACGACCUGGGUUCCUUCCUCUACCUGAGCGAAGCCAAGGACCUCAGCCUGAACGGCCGCUACCAAACGGCGGUAGAGGCGGCGGUCGGGGAAGCGGGAGCCGACAGACAGGCGCCGGUGUUCGGCAUCAGGCACGACGGCAAGGAGCCGACCUUCAGUAUGUCGGCCGCCUGGGCUGGCGGCUCCAUCACAUCCUGGGUCGGUCAGUGCCUGGUGCUGGAGGAUGGGCACCAGAUUCUGAAGACCAUGUGGCUGUUGAGGUCUCCAGUUUCCAGCCUACAAGAUAACUGGCAAUCAACAAGAAUUGGAGAAGAUACUUUUCACCGAACCGCAGGAGAUGUCCUGUCAAAGGAUCAAUAUUAAUCUCUCAAUCUUUAGCAGUGACAUAUAAAUCUCAUGUCCUGCAGCUGUGAUUUUCAAUAAAGCAAAAUGCCAGUA